AUGAAUACCAGACAGGUGAUAGACACCUCGACGGGACCGGUGUCACAUUCGGCCGCUUUUAACUCAGACUGCUCUUCCUUCGCCGUCGGACUGGACUCCGGCUUCUGUGUCUUCAACUCGGAGCCAUGUGAACUAAAAGUAUCAAGAGUAGAUUUCAACGCAGGAAUUGGGGUGGUGGAGAUGCUGGGCCAAUCCAACUACCUAGCUCUGGUCGGCGGAGGUCGCAAGCCCAAAUUCCCUCAGAAUAAAUUGAUUAUCUGGGACGACGCGAAGCAACGAGCAGUCAUUACGCUCGAAUUCCGCACCUCCGUCCUGCGCGUCCGGCUCUCCAAGACCCGCAUCGUCGUCGCAUUACACAACAGCAUACAUAUCUUCGCCUUCUCAACACCCCCGAAGAAGUUAUCUGUUUUCGAGACGGCAGAUAACCCCCACGGCCUGGUUUGCCUAGGCUCUAAAUUACUAGCUUUCCCCGGUAGAUCGCCCGGGCAGGUCCAACUGGUCGAACUCGAGUCGGGCAACGUUAGUAUCAUUCCAGCCCACUGCUCGCCCCUGAGAGCUAUUGAACUCAGUCCGAAUGGUGAGGUGUUGGCAACUGCGGGGAAGACGGGAACGCUGAUUCGAGUAUUCGCCACAACAAAUUGCGCAAAGAUGGCCGAGCUCAGACGAGGCGUAGAUCAGGCAGAAAUAUUCUCUCUAGCAAUAUCUCCCUCGAAUUCUCUUCUAGCCCUUACUUCUGAUAAAUCCACCUUGCAUAUAUUUGACCUCCCGUAUGCUCGCAGCGCCACUCCCCCGGGCGAAAACACAAACCAGAAAUGGGGCAUUCUAGGGAAACUCCCUCUACUCCCUCGGGUAUUUUCUGACAUUUAUUCAUUUGCGAGUGCCCAUUUUGAGAUUGGCGAUGAGGGUCCUCUUGGUUCCGCAUACCUCCCUCCACUAGGUUCUUCACUUGGACGGCCAUCCAAGGGGGUUAUUGGGUGGACUAGUGAAACGACGCUUUUGGUAAUAAGUGCUGGGAAAGAGGGGAGGUGGGAAAGAUUCAUCAUUGGACAGAGGGAUGACGGGAAGCGGUAUUGCAUGAGAGAGGGCUGGAAGAGGUAUCUUGGAGGUGGUUGA